AUGGCUUCUGGUGACGUGACCUACCCCAACACGGGCAGUGAGUAUCGCCACUUUGAUGCUGUGACCAAGGGCCCUAUUGUCGAUAAUGUGAAGUCCGAAGCUUCCCGCACCGGCGACGAGCUUCGCGAUCUGUCCAACUCUCGCGUGACCCCUUCCACCACAACCGCCGAAGGCCAGGCUUUGACCCACUACCACUCGCUCCUUUACAGCCUUUUGAGCUGGGAGCAACCUCGCGCGACCGCGGUUUCAUAUGCUAGUGUGAUCAGCUUCAUCUUCGCCGCUCGCUACCUGCCUCUCCUUCGCUGGGUCUUCAAGUUCCUGUACAUGUCUUUGGGAGCGACGGCCUUUGUCGAGGUUGCUGGUCAUGUCAUCCUCAAGCGUGGAGUCGCCAGUGGGUUCCGCCCCCGCCGCUACUACACCAUCCCCAAGGAGACCGUUGAGGCCGUGCUCGAGGACCUUGAGCAGCUGGUGGACUUCUUCCUGAUUGAGUUCCAGCGUAUCCUGUUUGCCGAGAAUGUCCUCCACACUAUCUUGGCUUUCACUGCUGCCUUCACUGGCUACUGGCUGAUCCGCUUCGUUCCCUUCUGGGGCUUGGCCGUUGUUGCCGUGACCACCACCUACUUCGCUCCCCUCAUCUACAUCAGCAACCGUGAACUCAUCGACGAGCAGAUUGUCAACGCCCAGGAAAUCAUCAACGACCAGACCAACCAGCUUCGCGACCUGGCUGGUGAGCGCACUUCUCAGGCUACCGGUCUGAUGAAGCAGUAUGUCGGCGAGUACAGCUCCAAGGCCCAGGGAUACAUCGGCUCCCGCCGCUCUACCUCCCCGGAGGCUACCAAGCUUGUCAGCCCUAUCAAGCACGAGGUCAUUUCCGAGUCUGCCAAGACCGAGCCCCUGCAGAGCUUCACUGCUCCUGUUGCUGAGCCCGCUAUCAAGACCGAGGACUUCCCCGCAGCUCCCCAGACCGCUCCUGUCGCCCAGGCGCUCGAUUCCGACAUUGUUGCCUCCAUCGAGCCCGCAGAGCAGGCUGGUGACCGCGAGCCUCUUCUGGCCAUCUAA